UUGUUGUCUUUGUCUAAUUGUUUAAUUCUUAGCUUGUGUCUAGAAUUUAAGCCAACAAAUUAUUCUUUUGUAGAUCCAUACAAAGAAACGUAAUAGGUUGCUGCAUAAGAGACUGAAUGAUAUUGUCUAUGUUUCCUACAACCGAAGGAUGAAGACUAGGUUUCAAAUAAGGCGUGAGAAGAAAGGGAAAGGUUUUGACCCUUUGGUCAUUGAAGAGUUCGAUUGGGAUAAUGAGUGGGCUGAUUCCUCCUAUGUGCAGCCUCAAGGUGCUCGUGGGUGUAAUUGUGGUGAGGAUGAGAAUGGCCUUACAUGGGAACUUGUUGAUCAAGCUGUGGGUGCAUCAAGCUCGCUGCGAGGCCGAAAUCUUCCAAGGAAUGCCAACAAGCGUGCAAGAGUUUCACACUCAAGGUUUGACUUCGAAGAAGAUUUUGGUUCAGCCAAUGAAGAAGAGGAGGACCAAGAUCCACAUGAUGAUGUUGAUGUGACUGAUUCUGAAGAUGCACAUGAUGAUGUUGGUGGAGAAAACACUGAGGCUGCUCCAGAUGAGUUCGAAGAUGGAUAUUGACUCACUAAGAGUUGGC